AUGAGCGCGAUACAGGGCAAGAAGUUCACCCAGCGCAACGUCUUCUACCUUCGAGCCUCGCCCUACGUCGUCCUCCAAACCAUUCUUUACCUGGACUACCGCCAUGUGGAAUGGAUGAACCUCAACCCGGCGAUCCUCACCCAGGUGCUUUCGAUCCUUCGCACUCGCAUCAUGCCGAAACUUCGCAAAGAGUCCGACUCAUCUGGCAAGCUCUCGGCCAUGAGCAAGAAGGAGCGAGUCGAUGUCUACUCGGAUCGCGACUUCCAGGUGGCCUACUUCUUCAGGAGGAUGGACGACCGACAUUCGGUGCUGCUCAAGGAGAAGAGUCUGAUCUUUCCGAGCGAUCCGACUCUCGGCGAAGUCAAGGUGGAGGAAGAAGGCGAUGGAAAUCUGCAUGCGCCGAUUCCGAGGGCGACGCCAGCGCCAGAGAGGGCGGCCAGUGUCGCGGCAGGAACAGGUGUCAGGGAUGGAGAGAGCAGCGAUCAGCCUAUGAGGAUCAAAGACUCUCCCGAGGCGCAGGAGAUGGCAGCUUCAUCGUCGAAUGCGAGCAUGGCGACAUUGUCAGGAGCAGAGGACAGUGCACUUUUCAGAGGAGGUGCAGCAGAAGACGAUGCUCUUUCGAUGCCACCGCCGGCGAGCACAAGCACACGGAGAAGCAGGGCCGGCAGCAGCACAGCAAGCGAAGGGAGUCGACGAUCGAAGCGGGUCCGCAUUCAAGAUGAUGUCGACGUCAAGCCGGAUCCUGCAGCUGCGCUAGCGAUUGAUGAUGCAACAGCAGACGCGACUGCGCUGCUUCACGAAGGCGUCGAUGCUGCGGACGACGCACCCAUCAUCAUAACAGAAGAGGACGAAGAAAAGAUGAAACCAAAGCUGCAUGUCAAGUAUGCUGGCUUUCGAAUCUUCGGCAAGCUCCUCGUCCUCGUGGUCGAGCCAUCCAAACGUACUCUCGCAGCCCACCCGGAGCUCUUUGGCGAGAAAAAGACGACCGAGAUCCGUCAGCUCUCGGUUGCUCCACGAUCGAUGACUCCUGGCAUUGCCAACAACCGCUCGGGAUCAGUGCAAGGGCGGUUCACUUCUCUCGAGCCAGCGGAGCGAUCGAGCCGAAACGCCAGCAUCGGGAGGGGGUCUACCCCGCUCUUCCGUGGUGCGACGCCGGCAGAAAGCGAAGUGGGAGGCUCACCUAGUCCGAUGCGAGGAUCUGCCACUCCUGCUCCGCGCGGCACGAGUGUGCUGAGCACCGACGCAGUGGGCACGGUGGAGGACCAGAGUGGUGAGACGGAAGACGAUGGACCGACAAUAGGCGAACUGGAGGGCAUCGAGCUGGCAACACAAAUGUUGGCGAGAGAGGAGCAGACCAUGGGCGGCAACGAUAUCGAGGAAGGCGACUGA